CUUCAGAAAAUAUACAGAGAAAAAAAGAAAAAAAAAAGAAUAAUUUGCACAUUAGCAAAAAAAUUUAAUAAGGUCAAAUAAAUACUUGGAUAGCGCAAGAAUGGUUAGAGGAAUGACUUCUCUCGAUGCCAUUAAAUGCGCUAUCAUCUUAGUGCUUGCAGUUCUUAUUAGCACAGCUACUUCUGAUGAUACAGAGCAAAUACCAGAAUCUCAAUCUGCCUUGAACAGCUGGUUUGAAGCCAAUGUUAAGCCAUAUGCAAGUCGCAAAGGAACUCUAAAUCCAGCCCUUGAAGCUGCUGAAGCUAAUCCUAAAACAAUUAAGGUGAGAACAGACGGAAGUGGAGAUUUCAAGACUGUGACGGAUGCUCUUAAAAGUAUUCCAGUGAAAAAUACACAGAGAGUGAUAGUGGAUAUUGGUCCCGGAGUUUAUACUGAAAAAAUCACAGUUGAUAUUCAGAAGCCUUUUGUUACACUUUAUGGAUCUCCAAAUGCUAUGCCAACCUUGGCUUUUGGUGGGACUGCAAAAGAAUAUGGAACUGAUGAUAGUGCUACCCUGAUAGUGAUGUCUGAUUACUUUGUAGCUGCAAAUAUAAUUAUUAAGAAUACUGCACCGAGGCCAAAUGGAAAACCACAAGGACAAGCUGUUGCUUUAAGACUUUGGGGCAGCAAAGCAGCCAUUUAUAAUUGUAGAAUUCUUGGAUUUCAAGACACAUUGUGUGAUGAUCACGGCAUGCAUUUCUUCAAGGAUUGUUAUAUUGAAGGCACGAUUGAUUUCAUUUUUGGACUUGGAAAAUCAAUCUAUCUGAACUCAAUAAUACAUGUGGUAGAUGAUAAGUUAUUGACGGUGAUAACAGCACAAGCAGGAUCAGAUCCCAAAGAAGAUACUGGAUUUGUAUUCGUUCAUUGUAGCAUAACUGGAGAUGGAACAGGAGCAUUUUUAGGACGAGCAUGGAUGCCAAUGCCAAGAGUUGUUUUUGCUUAUACUAGAAUGGGAAAAGUUAUCCAUCCUGGUGGAUGGUUUAAUAAUUUCCAUCCUGAAAGAGAAAGGACUGUAUCAUUUGCAGAAUAUAAGAGCACUGGACCAGGGUAUAAACCUAACGAGCGUGUUAAGUACAGCAAGCAACUAACAGAUACAGAAGCGAAAAAAUACAUUUCUCUUGGCUAUAUUGAAGGUUCUACUUGGCUGCUUCCUCCACCAAAACUAUAGAAAGUUAGUUCUCAAGGCAUUCUCUACAUGUAGAUGUUGAUGUCUCUAAUAAUUAAUAUUUCAUUGAUGGAUAUCGCUUAAAAGCUCAGUGUAUCAAUCACCUUUUUGUAUGUUUUUUUUCUGUUCUCUCUAUAAAAUUUGUAAUACUUUCAGUGUUUUAAAGAGUUAAACAACUUAUUAGUUGUUUUCAAGAA